UCUCCCGGGAUGGCUGCGGACCAAUCACAGUCAUUUCUUGGACGGGGGUGGAGUCAUCUCAACGGUCUCCGGUCUAAGCGUGGACCCGGCAAACGCCCCCGGUGGCAAGCGGAGCUGAGCUGCCGAAGAGCGCUGCGUUUGCGGCUGGAGAGAACGUACCCCGCGGUCACAGCCUGCGGGACAAAACAAAACGCCAGCGCUCCGGAAUCUGAGUACACCCCCACAAGCCCUUCGUGUGGAGCAGUGGACUGUCCCUGCUUCCUUUUACUUGAGAUCAUGCAGAGAGCUUCACGCCUGAAGAAAGAACUGCGUAUGUUAGCUGUAGACCCUCCCCCAGGCGUCACAUGCUGGCAGGAAAAGGACCGAGUGGAUGAUUUGCGAGCUCAAAUAUUAGGUGGAGCCGACACACCUUAUGAGAAAGGGGUUUUCACGCUGGAAGUUAUCGUUCCUGAGAGGUACCCAUUUGAACCACCGCAGAUCAGAUUUCUGACUCCAAUCUAUCAUCCAAACAUUGAUUCUAAUGGAAGGAUUUGUCUAGAUGUUCUCAAAUUGCCACCGAAAGGUGCAUGGAGACCAUCCCUCAACAUUGCUACUGUAUUGACCUCUAUUCAGCUGCUCAUGGCAGAACCCAAUCCUGAUGACCCACUAAUGGCUGACAUUUCCUCAGAAUUUAAAUAUAAUAAGAUAGCUUUUCUCAAGAAUGCCAGGCAGUGGACAGAGACUCAUGCAAGACAGAAACAAAAGGCUGGUGAAGAGGUGCCAGAAGACUCCUUGGAGGUCGAUGACCCUGAGAAAAGCAACUGCACACAGAAGAGAAAAGCCAAGCCACUGGGAGGCCCAGAUAAGAAGUUUCACCCCGAUGUUCAGAGAGUCUGUCCUGGUCCCUCUUAGUUAGUGGAGGCUGUGACAAGGUGGUCUCUUUUGCUUGCUUUUCUCGAAUGUUUUUCUUUGUGUUUGAUGACAUAAUGUUUGUAUCCUUAUAAAAGACCUUGUAUGUUUACACAUUGUGCUAUGCAGUGAUUCUUUAAGGAUAGUUUGUUUUAUUUAUCUUGUACAUAUGUAUUUUGAAAACUUAAACUUGAAAAAUAAAUCAUACUUAAUGUUAA